AUGGCAGAUUUCAUAUUUCCCGAAAACGUGAAUACUUAUGAAGACGAGGUUGCGCAAUGGAUCUCGGAAGGAAACGACUUGGAUGCAUGGAGGGGAGCUCCAUCUAGUCCAUUAAGCAGCGACUCAUCCAGCACCACCAACGAAGGCUCGACCUCUGACUUUUUCUGGUACAAUGGCAGAUGGUAUACCUACACCACAGAUGUCAGUCCGGAUCUAGAGACACUUGCACAGAGUUUAUGGGACGGCCGAAUCGAUCUCGAAUCAGAAGUUAGCGAGGUACCCGCCGGCCCUCUAGUCACCGAGGAUGACCAAGAAGACGGUAGUAAGAUAUCUUCACAAUCGAUCGAACAAAACACAUAUAUCCGAGAGGAUACGCCCAUUCCCGACUGGGGCCAGAGCGAUCACACAAAAUCUAUGUCGCAAGCUAGUGAAGCAACCACCACGAGCCGAGAAGCUACUCCGGUCCCUGAACAAUCAGCCUCGCAACCGCCUUCCAUCGAAAAAGACAAUGCCAAACCCUCAGCUUCCAAGCCGGAGGAACGAGACCAUUUUCCCGUGUGGGACGGUCCGACCAGAUGCCCAUAUCGCUGUCGAGCUUUACUAGAUACAGAAGAGCUCUACGUCUCACAUAUGCGCACACACAAAGGUAGGAGUUAUACCUGCGAAGCGCCCGGCUGUAGCAAAGUCUACGUUCACAUGAGGACCUUGAGAAAACACCAGCGGCAGGCCCACGGCAAUCCUCAGAGCGGCGGGUGCGUAGUAUGGUCCGAGUCGUAG